AUGUAUGCCGUGAUAGCUGUGGUCGUCGUUCUGGCGGCCCUGAUCAUCAGGUUUCGAAACCUUGGCAUGAGACCCAAGAAUUACCCUCCAGGGCCACCGACGAUCCCCGUCUUUGGGAACCUCUUCCAAAUGCCCAGGAGUAAACUGCAUGAAGGCCUGGCAAAAAUGUCGGAGCAAUAUGGCCCCAUCAUGGGAUUGAAGCUGGGGGCCAUGGAUAUGAUUGUUAUCAACUCGUACACGACGGUCAAAGAUCUCUACGACAAACGGAGCAGCAUCUAUUCGAACCGCGUGGACAAUUACUUGCGCAACUUUGGGUACAACCUGAUGAUCUCGAAUCGAGAUAACGAUGAUGUGUGGCGUCGUCAACGAAAGAUGUAUCACACGGCUCUAACGAGCACGGCAGCGACUCGAUACUUGCCCUAUCAGCGAUUUGAAUCAAUCCAGUUGCUAUGGGACUUACUGAACGCUCCGUAUGACUCUUUUGACGCCCUCAAGCGCUACACCACCAGCACCGGAUCCACCAUCACUUACGGCUGGCGAGUCAAUCGGGCCGACAAUCACUACGUGACACGCCUUUUCGAAUGGAUCGAAUCCUACACUCUCGUGGGCAUUGCGACUCAGGUUACCGAGUUCUUCCCUAUGCUUCGGCCGAUCGUGAAAUACACGCCCAACUCAUUGAACAAGCUGAACAAAGAACUCUCCCGACUCACCAUCAUGGAACGAGAUCUUUGGCUCGACCUCCUCCGUGAAGCCAAGUCCAAGGUUGACCGAGGAAAGCUGAACCCGUGCUUCGCGGGCGACAUGCUCACCAACCAGGAUAAGGACGGGCUUAACGAGAUGGAGAUGGCGUUCAACGCAGGCCACGCGUGGGCGGGAGCCUCGGACACGACGUUCAACACGCUACACGGUUUCGUCAAAGCUAUGAUUUUGUAUCCGGAGGUACAGCAACAGGCUCAUCUGGAGCUGGACCGGGUGGUUGGUGCCGACAGGAUGCCGGAAUGGGAGGACCGAAACCAGCUGCCGUAUGUCAGGGCUAUAGUCAAGGAAAGCUUGAGGUGGUGUCCAACUGCCGUUUUGGGGAUCCCACACGCGGCAGCCAAGGACGACGAGUACAUGGGGUAUAAGAUCCCCAAAGGAGCAUCCGUGGUUCAAAACAUAUGGGGCAUCAACAAUGACCCCGUCCGCUACCCGAACCCACGCAAGUUCGAUCCACUGCGAUACAUUGACGACAGGAUGCUCUCACAAGAGUCGGCCGCCCAGGCGGACCCGGCGCUGCGCGACCAUUUCACGUUCGGCUCUGGUCGCCGCAUCUGUCCCGGCAUGCAGGUCGCCGACCGCAGUCUAUUCAUGGUGAUUGCGCGCAUGCUGUGGGCUUUCGACAUUGAGAGGGUGGGCGACGAGGUCAUUGAAAACGACGCCAUGACCACCGGUCUGGUUGCGGGGCCGAUGCCGUACAAGUCCAAGUGCGUCCCGCGAGACGAGGAGCGGGCCAAGUUGAUCGCCGACUCGUGGAAGGAGGCCGAAGGCUGGCUCGACGAGGAGAGAAACUACAGUCAGGCGUGGUACGAGAAGGAGUUCUGGAAGAAAUGA